GGGAGGAACCCCGAGUUUGCGGCGCCGCUGCCGUCCCCGCGCAGCGCCGGUGCGCGGGGGCAGGAGCCACAGCGAGCGAGCGAGCGGCGGCACCGCCGCCACACCGGCUCCGCCGGGCCGCCCCUCCGCAGCCGACCAGCGCGGCCGCCCGCCCCCUGCCCGCCCACGGGGCGGCAGCCCCCGAUCGCCCGGCGGGGCCGGGUCGGGUCGGGUCGGUCCCGGGGGGAGGAAAGGUGGGAGCGGGGCGGGGGCGCGCGGCAGCCGCGGGGGUCGUCGCCAUGACGAGCGCGCGUGCCGCCGCCUCCCGCCGCUGAGCCGGGCGGCGCGCGGCCGCUGUCCCUUCAGCACCGCGCGCCCGGCGGGGCCCCCUCAGCGCCAACGGCUCCGCCAACGGCAGCGCCAACGGCAGCGCCAACGGCCCCGCCAACGGCAGCGCCAACGGCACCGGCAUCCCCACCGCCACCGGCAGCGGGGCGGCCCCGGCAUCGGCAGCGAGGCGAGCCCUGGCGGCCCCCGAGGGCGGCGGCGAUGGCGGGCCGGGGCCGGGGGCAGCAGGGCGCGGCGGCGGGGGGCCGCGGCCGCUGAGAGACCAGGUUUUCAAUCCCUUAUACACCUUUGGAAGAAGCUCACUAUGACAGGGCAGAGUCUGAAGGCUUUAUCUGAAGCAAAUUUUGAAGACAAUGAGAUCAGCAUCAACGUUGGAGGCUUUAAGAAAAAGAUGAGAUCCAACACAUUAUUAAGGUUCCCUGAGACCAGGCUGGGCAAACUGCUGAGCUGCCACUCAAAGGAGUCAAUACUGGAGCUCUGUGACGACUAUGAUGACACCAAGAAUGAGUUUUAUUUUGACAGGAACCCUGAGCUCUUUCCUUAUGUGCUACAUUUUUAUAACACUGGCAAGCUCCAUGUAAUGGGUGAACUCUGCGUGUUUUCUUUCAGCCAGGAGAUUGAAUACUGGGGAAUCAAUGAAUUCUUUAUAGACUCUUGCUGCAGUUACAGCUACCAUGGGAGGAAAAUGGAACCAGAUCAAGAGAAAUGGGAGGAACAAAGUGACCAGGAGAGUACGACAUCUUCCUUUGAUGAGAUUUUGGCAUUCUACAAUGAUGCCUCUAAAUUUGACAAGCAACCCUUUGGAAACAUCAGGAGGCAGCUCUGGCUCGCUUUGGAUAAUCCUGGGUACUCAGUCCUAAGCCGAAUCUUCAGUGUCCUUUCAAUAGUGGUGGUGCUAGGUUCCAUCGUGACUAUGUGCCUGAACAGCCUCCCAGACUUUCAGAUUGUUGAUAGCAACGGGAACCCCGAGGAAGACCCUCGCUUUGAAAUCGUGGAACAUUUUGGUAUUGCAUGGUUCACUUUUGAACUGGUGGCAAGAUUUGCAGUAGCUCCUGACUUUUUAAAAUUUUUCAAGCAUGCCCUGAAUUUGAUUGACCUAAUGUCUAUCCUUCCAUUUUAUAUUACCUUAAUUGUCAACUUGGUAGUGGAAAGUAGUCCAACUUUAGCAAAUUUAGGAAGGGUUGCACAAGUCCUGAGACUCAUGAGGAUCUUUCGCAUCUUAAAGCUUGCUAGACACUCCACUGGUCUCAGGUCUCUUGGAGCCACCCUGAAGUAUAGCUACAGAGAGGUGGGGCUUCUUUUACUCUACCUCUCUGUUGGCAUUUCCAUUUUCUCAGUAGUGGCAUAUACCAUUGAGAAAGAAGAGAAUGAGGGGUUAGCCACCAUCCCUGCUUGUUGGUGGUGGGCUACCGUUAGCAUGACCACAGUUGGCUACGGGGAUGUUGUGCCAGGGAGCACUGCUGGCAAGUUGACAGCAUCUGCAUGCAUCCUAGCUGGUAUCCUAGUGGUAGUGCUUCCCAUUACACUGAUCUUCAAUAAAUUCUCCCACUUUUAUAGGCGUCAGAAGCAGUUAGAGAGCGCCAUGAGAAGCUGUGAUUUUGGUGAUGGCAUGAAAGAAGUUCCAUCAGUCAACUUAAGGGACUACUAUGCUUAUAAAGUUAAAUCCCUUAUGGCCAGUCUUACCAAUAUGAGCAGGAGUACCCCCAGUGAGCUGAGCCUGAAUGAUUCACUGCAUUAGUGUACAAGUUUGACAGCAGUUUGCAUGAGAGCUAUCAAGAGCUAUGUUUAUAAAUGUUUUCCUAUUUGUCUUUUUCCUAAAGGAUAGUGUUGCUGACACUGCACUAACUUUGCACUUGAGAAACUGAAGACAUUUCUAUUACAAGUUGACAGUUUGCACAUUUUCAUCCUUGUUGCAUAGGUACUAAAUGCUGACUUUUCCAUACAAAUGUUACCACUUCCAUGACAUUAGUGCUAGCGGUAUAGUGAUGAUCUGUUAAUUUGUGCAUUUCCUCUUCUGAGCAGAGAAAUGAACGUAGCCAAGUGGAAUAAAAAUUCUCAGCUGUGACACGAGUAAUGAAGAAAUCACCUAUCACCUACACCAGUAUCUAUACUAGUGUAGGACUUCCCACGUAUUUUACAACAGUUUAAAACAAUCACCUGUAAAUCACUGACACGGGAACACUUUUCCCCAUCUCCCCAUCUUUCUGACUAGGAAUUCUGAUUGUCACAUGUCUGAAAACACCUCUGAGCUUCACAUUUCAGUGGAAAUUUGCUUACUCUUGAGCACGUGUGUUAAAAACUGGGUGUUCUUGUUCUGAAAUGUUAUGUAUGGUAAUAUAUUUCAGAAGCUCCUAAGCAUAGACCUACCUCUGUUUCCAAGAUUAGAUCAAAUACUGAGCUCUCUGAAGAAGCCCACCCCUCAUUUCCAGAUAGCUACAGAAUCACAGAGUCAUGGGAUGUUAGGGGUUGGAAGUGACCUCUGGAGAUCAUCUAGUCCAAUCCCCCUGCCAGAGCAGGGUCACCCAGAGUAGGUUGUACAGGAACACGUCCAGGCGGGUUUUGAAUGUCUCCAGAGUUGGACACUCCACCACCUCUCUGGGCAGCCUGUGCCAGUGCUCUGUCACCCUCAAAGUAAAGAAGAUCCUUCUCAUGUUUAGAUGGAACUUCCUAUUUUCAGGUUUGUGCCCAUUACCUCUUGUCCUGUCAUUGGGCACCACUGAAAAGAGCCUGGCCCCAUCCUCCUGACACCCACCCUUUAAGUAUUUAUAAGCAUUGAUAAGAUUCAAAGGCUCCGUUUCCACAAGUGAUUCUAGGUAUGGAGGCCCAUGAAGACAUCUCUGGAUCCCAUUUCCAGAAGUGAUUUACAUACAGCUCAGUUCCAGUGAAGCUGAAGAUAUGCUGCUGUAUUUCAGUCCAUCAAAAUGGUUCUGAGAUAAGACACACAAAAUUGUGGGUUUUCAGUAAUUAGAAGCUCCAAUGAAAAACUUGGAUUUGUUUAAUGAAGCGAUAUGAACAGUACAGGCAGCAUUUUAGGAACUGACAUUCAUAUACUGCAAAAAGACUAAUUAUAAAGAUGCCAUAUGUGAUGCUGAGAUAUAAAAUCUAAUUUUAUCAGGAAAGCUUGAAAGCAGGUGUUGAUGGCAGACAAUUCCAUUAAGCUUUCUGCCAAGGAAACUCUAAGGAAAAAAAACCCUGUAAGUCACAUUUUCCCUCAGAAAGAAACUCAUCACUUACAGCUAAGGAAGAGUGUAAGGGCCUAAGAAAGGAACAGAUAAAGAAAAGAGCUUAAUACUGCACACACUGUGGGCAGAUCCUCCUACCUGCUUCUGUGACGUAAUUGAUUUAAAUCUUUUUAAAAAAAAAAAAAAGACGUGAGAGAGCAGAUCAUCCCUUAUCAACCCUUAUGCACUUGUACGGAGAUCAAACACUUGUAGUCACAGGCAGAAGCCACUGCUUCCCUUUAUACUUCUAGGGAUCUGUGCUAUAAAACAAACUACUGGCACUCCGUGGGCAGAACAGCAUUUCUUUUCAGAUCCUGCUGCUUUUCCAUCCCAUUCAUUACAUAUAAUGUUCCAAUUAAUUGCUUUUUAAUUUUUUGUUUGUUUGUUUUACUUAUGAAGACUAGAGAGGUUCAGAAAAUAAAUUCAAACUAGUUAGAAGAGAAAUUAAAAUACUAAAGACAAAAUUGUCAUGUUUGGAAGGCUGUGUUUGUAUACGCUAACAAGGAGCGGCCCAACUGGCAAAAUAAAGCAAAUAAGUUACAAAUAGGUAAUUCCCUUUUUUAGGCUAUUAAAGGCUGCUGUCUGGUCUGGAUCUUUUGAUGUUCUUGCUGUAUCAGCUUCACCUAAAACCACAAAGCUGAACACCCAGGAUCAGAUUCCUAUAUUUCCCAUGAUCUAUCACAGAAUAUAGUGCGAAAUAACUUACCUACCCACACCAUUUCCUUUGAACACCCUCCCCUCACAUCAGUUAGUAGUUGAUUUAGGCCAUGAAGUGUGAGGGAAACGGUUCUUUUCUAACCUUACCAAAUAAAACUCUUGGAGAUUUCAACAUAGCCUGCACAAGUUAUAAAGUCAAUAGGCAAGAUGUUGCUUCCUGUCCCUGAAAAUCAGAGUGCCAUAUACGUGUCCCUGAAGGCAGACCUAGAUAACCCAAAUGAGCUGCCCAAACUUGAAACAUUUUGCUAAGGUUUUCACUUCUAGAGGGCUGGUUCAAGUUCUCUGCUGGUCAAGGGCAUAAAUUCAAUAGUCCUGUCCCCGAUUCAUAUUGCAUGUGUGUAAACUAUCAUACACCUACAAAUACCUACCCAAAACAUGGCACAGCACUAGAUUGCCUGUUGGAUUGAAAUAUCAUGAAAGAAAUAAGGGAAGGAAGAGAUGGGCUUGCGCAGCACGUAGACUCCUGUUGGGUUACAUACUGCAAGGGUGGCAAAGUCCCCCACUGAUGUCAAGGACACUGCAAGUUCUCACUACAUCUGUUGGCUGGGAGACUUCAGAGAAUCCAGCUCCAAGCAGUGGUUUUAUCUCAAUUUCACAAGCAGUAGAUUCACGCAGUUGAAAACCAAUGACUUUCGGGGCAGUUAUUUGAAGAGACCUGUAAACUUGCCAAGGAGUCCCAAAUUCCCUCAGCUGUUGCUAGUUUAGCAUUGCAAAGGUUGGAUCCCAACUUUGCAGCACAUCAUUUCAAUAACCUAUAGCUUAUCUUAUGUUCUAGAUUUAUUAUUCUUCAUAGGGCUGAUGCUCUGUCAUUUCUGCAAAUACCGAAUGGAAUGUGUCCAAAUUGCGUUUUACUAAAGAAAAUGAAAUACCCCAAGGAAUUAUGACUUUUAUUGUACUGGUUGAAAGGAAUUUUCAUUAUUGCUUUUUUAUAUAAGUGCUUUGGAUCAAAGACACUAAAUAAAUAAAGUACUGAAAUUUAAUAUGUUCUUAUUAUCAUGACAAUGACUUUACACAGUACACAGGAAUUCCCUUCAUAAACUUAACUAACUCCACAUUAAAAGUAGUCAGAUUUUUGCUCCCCUCUCCUCUGGAAGAGCGUUCCAGAGCUACACUGCUCUCCAGGGCUUGUGCAACGUUUAGCGUAGUUUUAUUAAUGGCUGCUUUAUUAUCUUUUUUUUUUUCCUCAUGCCACCACUGUUCUUUAGCUUAAAUAUUUCAUUUUCCUCUUACUGUUUGCAUGCAUGGUGCAUUUAUAGACAGCAACCAUAUGCCUUUACAUGCUUAUUUUCCCAGGAUUAUACCUGCUAAGCUUCCUUUUAGUUUUCUUCUUGCAAGUCAUGUUCUCCUGACCAUCCUAGGGGAUGUAGCCUUUUUAUUUGCAUUACUUCUGCUUAGAUUUAAUCUGUUUGAGCUGGCAUUGUGCAGUAUUGUAUCGCUUUGUACAGCAGUUUUAAUAUUUGCUCAUGACUAACAGAAUUUUUCACUGAAAAGGAUAACAAUUGUUCUGAUUUCAGUAAUGAUGUUGUCUUGGCUCCCCCAAAAUAAGGAAGAAUGAGGCAAACCCUUCCUACCAUUUUAUGAAGUAACGUCUAUUCUAGGGCUCAGUCUAGUAAGUGCUGAGAAUCCUCAUCUCUCAUGAAAUAAAAAUUACAGAAAAAUGUUUACACUUUGAAGGAAAAAUACCAUCUCUCCAAAGCCUCAAUGAGGAGAAGAGGUGGUGGACUUUCUGAGUAGUCAGUACUUUUGCCACACGUCUUCAAUCACUGUUUUGUAAGAGCAGGGCAUCUUCACUUCUAGAAAACAGCAGAUCAGAAAUGACGGAUGAGUGACCUAAUUGGCCAUUUUCUUCAGUGUUUGAAACUUGAAAAUUAUUGUGGUCAGAAAUCUGCUUACUAUGGAUGUGCCGUUUAAUGAAGAACACUGCACUUGGCAUGUGCUCCUUCUGCCUUGUGAUGGUCACCUUCCCAGCACCGGUGAAAACGCUGCUCCUACUCUCUUUCGGCUGAGAGCUUUGAAUUGCUUAAAUGAGGAUUAUGGCAAUAUUUCAAAUGAGGCAGCUUACUUUAUUGCCAGGAAUAAACUGUUAGAGAAUGUUGAUUUCUAGUACAAAUCUAGGCUAUUGUGAGAGUUGGAGAUGUCCUUGGGAAGCAAUAUGUUACAUUAUUUUCCUGAGAUGUAAAAUCUAUAUAUAGACUGUGAUUAAGCUUUUUAUGUAUGUUCAGAUUUUGUAUUAUUGCCUGGUUUAUUAUUCACUUACUUUCAUCAGUUGCUAAUUCUCUCUUUCCCUGCAGACUACUUUAUCUGUUUUGAAAGCAGUCUGGUUUUUUCCUCACAUGUUAUAUACAGCACGAGCUACUUCACAUUGCAAACUUACAAACAAAGAACUUUGCAUUUAAUUUUCCAACUUUAAUACCUCCAGUAUUUCUACAGUUUUGUACAGAGCUUUAUGCGACUGCAGGGAACUACUGUAUCUGGUGCUCUUUGUACUGCAUUUCUUGUCCUGGUAGUGUAUAAUACACUCAAGAACUCAGCUUUCUCCCACAAAAUGGAAAUUAAAUGCAUAAAAAAGUAUAUUUCACCAGGGAUUACGAACUGAUUUAAGUUUCAGGAUAUUCUCAGUAUAAAUUAUAAUCAAAGAGAAGCCUGGAUCUCAUUGUGAAGAUAGGUUUCUCUUAAACAUAUACAUCAGGCUAGAUUUCUAUUUUUAGAAAUGCUCUUAAUUGGUGGUUGUGGUGGGGAAACCGCAUUUUUCAGUUGCGCAAAUAGUGAAAGCAUCUUGUUCUCUACCUCACAGAUUAGGGACUAAGCAACAUACCAAUAGCACUCGUAGGCACUAAAUCAACUUGACGUGACCUUUCAUCUCUUCCAAAACAACCCCCAUCCUCAGAGGCCCCAGCUGUGCACAUAUAAGCAGCAGAAAGCCCCUGGAGUAACUGCUCUUGCCGUGCUAGUUAUCCAUUUCCUCUCGCAAUACUCCUGACUUUAAUCUACCUUUGAUGGUACUUUCAAACAACAUUCAGCCCACAGUCACCACUCAUAUCCCUCGGUACUUUUCUCAUCAUGUUAUUCUUUUUGCUUUUUUUUUUCCAAUUUAUGCACCUGGCUUCCCAUGAAGUUACACCAGAAAUUAAUUCGAUCUCCUGUAUCUUAUUUUCAAGUUGCCCGCUAUUUAGGCAGGGCUAGAAGAAUAUUCCCAACCAGUUUCUGAUACAUCUUUUACUGAU